AGGUCGUGGCCCGCGCCAUGGCCAAACGCCGUCCGCGACCAACGGCAACAUCACUCAACGGCACCCAGGGGGUCGGCACCUGCGACAAUGGAAAUGGUGGCACGAGGGCUUAUGAUACCGAGACGUUGGAGCUUGAUUUAGAAGGGCAGGGUUUGCGCCCGUUGACCGUGUCCUGGGGACGCCGGCAAGGAGACCGCGUCAAGGUCGGCGCCGAGCUGGCGCAGGUCAUAUGUGAACGGCUUGACGGCGGUGGGAAGGUGGUGCGAAGGCUGAAAGCCCAACAUACAGGUCGAUUGGAGGAGGUGGUAGCCCCGGAUCUGAGCGGCUUGCGUCGCCCGGGCACGGACACGGGGAGGGAGGGCCCGGAGGCCAAGGAGCCGGAGGAAAGGCCGUUACCCCCGCCGAGGCUGGUGUUGGGCAAGCUUCGUUACUGCACGCACCCUGUCUUACAGAGCGGACGCAUGUGCGCGGUGUGUGGGGAGGUCCUGUCGGAGGGGACGGGGCAGGCCCAGGAGGCCACCAGGGUCUUUGUCCAAGGCGGGUACCACGUCUCAGUGUCCCGGACGGAGGCGGCCUUUCUGCACCGAAGCAUGGCACAGAAGCUCCGACGUGCGCGGAAACUGAAUCUGAUCCUCGACAUCGACCUGACCCUGCUCCACGCCACCAUCGAUCCAAGGGCCGAGCGCCUGGACCACCAAAAACUGGAAGUGCACGCCUUCGACAUCUUCAACCAAGGUCGGAUCCUCCGUCACUGGUGCUGCCUCCGUCCCCACCUCCGCACAUUCCUCUCCCAGGCCCACGCCCUGUACGUCCUGACCAUCUACACCCACGGUCGCCGCGACUAUGCCCACCAGGUCGCCCGCCUCCUCGACCCGGACCGUACCCUCUUCGAAGAUCGAAUCGUCAGUCGGGACGACUGCCCCGACCUCCACGGGCAAAAAUCCUUGCAGCGACUUUUUCCCGGGGGUAUUGAGAUGGCCUUGAUCUUGGACGACAGCCCCCAAGUCUGGCAAGGCGAGCAGUCCCGCCACCUUCUCCCCGUCCUCCCCUUCAAGUUCUACACAGAGUUUGAGGAAGUCAACCGGGUCGCGGGGCUUGCUCCGGCCCCUGUCCUGGGUUCCAGCGCCAUCCCUCCCUCCCGACCUCUGUCGCCCCCUCCCUCUUCCCCUCCUACCACCACUCACUCGUCACCGGCUCCCUCGGGGGUUUCCGGGAAAGAAACGGACGCGGAGGCGGGUCGGAAGGGGGAAAAGACGCC